AUGUCGUCGUCCACCUCGCUAUACAACCAGUCCGUCCCUGUCCUCAUCAAGUACCUCCGCAGCCUCUCGGGCCUCCUCACCAAGGCGGUCCAGCACUGCGAGACCAAGGGCGUAGCGCAGGAGGACCUGCUCGCUUCCAAGCUGGCCGACGACAUGAAGGGCCUCGCCUUCCAGGUCACUAGCUGCUCCAAUGGGGCCAAGUUCCUCCUCCACCGCCUGGGCGUGGAAGCUCCUGUCUUCGCCGACGACGAGACAACCUUUCCUCAACUCCAAGAGCGCAUCCAAAAGACCAUCACUAUGCUCGAGGGCGUCAAGCCCGAUGCCUUUGACGGCCUCGCCGAGGCGCCGCUGCUCAUGGAGACGGGAUCUGGAAACUUUCAAUUUGAGAGUGGGCAGAGUCAGGGUGUCGAGUUGAGCCUGCUGGAUUAUCUCAGUGGUGUGCUGGACAUGGUGCAGGAGGAUGGGAGCCUCAAGACUCUCUAG